AUGGAUUCGAAAGGAAAUGAUGUGGAGGUGUAUGGCCUUCUUAUUAUGGGAAGCGAUCAAUAUCCGCGAUACAUACUACAGGGGGGCUCGGAAUGUCCCUGGUCCGAGGAGUGGGACAUUGAUUUUUCUAAACUUGAUAUCCAAAAAGUUGUUGCUCACGGGACUUGUAGAACUGUAUUCAAGGGAACAUAUGACAAACAACUUGUUGCAGUGAAGAUAUUGGACUGUGGGGACGGCCCUGCUUUGUGCGAAUUUUUUCGGCAAAGAGUUGAUGUAUGGCACAAGCUUCACCAUCCUAAUGUUACGAAAUUUGUUGGGGCUUCAACAAAAGCUAGAAAUCUUCAGAUUCCUUCAAAACUCUCUUCAAUGGAUCAUCAAAGCUCCAUUUCACCUACGGCUUGUUGUGUUGUUAUUGAGUAUCUUCCUGGUGGGACAUUAAUAGAGUUUUUGAUUAGGAACAGGAAAAGGAAACUCCCCUUCAAGGAUGCCAUUCAAUUAGCUUUGGAUCUCUCUAGAGGGCUUAGCUAUCUACACUCCAACAAGAUUAUGCAUCAUGAUGUCAGAACUGUAAAUAUGUUGAUAGAUGCCCACAGAACCCUUAAAAUUGCUGAUAUUGGAGCUGCUCGUGUUAAAGCUUGGAAUCCAAGAGAUAUGAAUGGAAAAACUGGUACCGUUGAAUACAUGGCCGAGAGGUAA